GUAUAAACGCGUAAAGAGUCUUUCUUCGGUAUAGAAAAUUAGAAACAUAAUCGAGAGCAGAGAGAGAGAUGGGGAAUGCUUUCUGUUUAUUCUGCGGUUGCAUAGGCCAAUCCAACGUAGGCAUAGUAGAGAAGUGGGGACGCUUCGAGAAACUGGCUCAGCCUGGUUUCAGUUUCUUCAAUCCUUUCGCCGGAGAGUGCAUCGCCGGCAUCCUCUCCACCAGAAUCAACUCGCUCGAUGUCAAAAUCGAGACCAAAACCAAGGACAAUGUGUUUGUGCAAAUGGUUUGCUCGAUUCAAUAUCGGGUUAUAAAGGAAAAUGCUGAUGAUGCUUUCUACGAGCUGCAAAAUCCCAAGGAGCAGAUCCAAGCUUAUGUUUUUGAUGUGGUACGAGCUCAAGUUCCGAGAAUGACAUUGGAUGAGCUUUUUGAGCAGAAGGGCGAUGUUGCUAAAGCUGUCUUGGAGGAACUUGAGAAGGUCAUGGGAGAGUAUGGGUACAAUAUAGAGCACAUACUGAUGGUUGAUAUCAUUCCUGAUCCCUCUGUGCGUAGAGCAAUGAAUGAGAUUAAUGCAGCUCAAAGGAUGCAGCUUGCCAGUGUUUACAAGGGCGAGGCGGAGAAAGUGCUCCAAGUUAAAAGGGCGGAAGCAGACGCAGAGUCUAAAUACCUAGGUGGUGUCGGGGUUGCAAGACAGAGACAGGCUAUAACAGAUGGGUUGAGAGAAAACAUAUUGAAUUUUUCUCACAAAAUUGAAGGAACCUCUGCUAAAGAGGUCAUGGAUCUUAUUAUGAUCACUCAGUACUUUGACACAAUCAAAGACCUCGGAAAUUCGUCAAAGAAUACCACUGUUUUUCUACCCCAUGGUCCAGGUCAUGUCAGGGACAUCAGCGAUCAGAUUCGCAAUGGUCUGAUGGAAGCAGACAGUGCUCGUGUCACUGACAUUUGAUACUUGAAUGUUUAUAGAAACAACUAGCCCGUACAGUUUCUUACCUCUGUGUUUUGUAUCAGACAGGUUAUAUAGCACAUUUUAUAGCUUUGUUUUCUAAAAGACUUGAGAUCAGUCACAAGAGUAUCAUAAAGUUUUACAUUUGUAUUUAA